GUCUAGGGUUGUCUGGUUGUUGUUUUCAACUAUGUCAUAGCAACGACUUCGUCUUUGACAAGAGAGUAAGCAAGUCAUCGACUAUCCGCCACUCUCUAGCUCAUGUUUCUAACUCAGAUAUGUGAUCUAUUAGAUUGUUUUGGAUAUUUUGGAUAUUGGACAUUGGAUAUCAUAUACAUAUUAAGCGAACUUAAUAAUAGUGUCAGUCAUGUUCUCCAUAGACAAGAGUCUUCUUCCGGCCUUGACAACUCGUAAGGCCUUACUUGUUGUCGACCCCCAAAAUGACUUUCUGGAUGAGGAUGGCGCCCAUCCUAUCAACUAUCCCAUGGAUCUCCCAGAUCGAAUAGCAAGUUUGGCAACCGGUUUUCGACAAGGCGGUGGCGACAUCAUCUGGGUGUCUAGUCGAUUUGAGAAGUCGCGAUCUAUCUUGGAGGAGCAGAUCUUAACAUCAGACCGUUCAACGAACCCUCGGUCCCCGGAUCAUUCUCGUGGACGUCGUCGACAAGUACCGCAACACACGCCCCAAGUUUCCGAAUGCCCUGAAGCCUUCCUGACCCAAGAGACUCCGAAUUUACCGAAAUGUGUUCGGGCAGGUUCCUACGGGAUAGACAUGCAUCCAACUGUAAAGGCAACUGUCGGGCCUAGGGAUUAUUCGGUUAUCAAGACUUACUACUCGGCUUUCAGGUCGGAGCAACUCCUUCGGCUACUACGCAUGAGACUCGUCACGGAACUGUUCAUUUGCGGCGUCUCGACCAAUACUGGGGUUAUGGCCACCGCUGUCGACGCCGCAAGCCAUGGAUAUACCAUCACCAUAAUCGAAGAUUGCUGCGGUUACCAUAACAUAAUGCGACAUCGCAACGCUAUUAAGCAGAUUUCGAACACGACGGGCUGUGACAUUGUAGCUGCGGAAGACGUAUUGGUAUCCCUCAAGCCCAAAUCGAAGCAGACAAGGAGGUCGGGUGAUAGGCCGGCGACAUCUCCAGCCAGCAGGUUCUCUACCGUACGUCGUACCGGGGGAGGGGACGCUUCUUCUGCGUCCUCGGCCUCAGAACUCUUAUCGUCAUUUGAGAACCUGUCGCUAAGUGCUGAGCGUACAGCCGAUACCCCCAAGCCCGACGCAUCUGCGGAAAGUGCAACAUUGCCGAUUCAACCCUUGGUGAACCUCGUGAAACCGAGAGCUGUUGCGCAAGGCUGCCGGCAGUCACGUGCCAAUUCUUCAUCAUCGAGAUCGGGUCGAACCGAUUCAGCCAACCUAGCCGAGCCACAUCGAACGAUCCGAUAUGAUGAGUCACAAAGCAGUGAGCAUGAUCACAAUGAUGAUGUGCAGGCUCCGCAGGUCAGAGAGACAUUGCCGCCAACAACAACAGCGCAGAGCAAUAGCAUUGUUCCUCACUUACACUCUUCAGAGAUCUUACAACCAAACAAAGAAUGUAAAGCAACUGUUUCUGACCAGGACCAACUAAAAGAUGAUGGAAUCCACUCACCAUCAGAGAUAAGCCAAUCCAGCUCUUCGUUAGGAGGCAACCUGAAAUCAGUAGGGAUUGUGAGUGAGACACCAAGCGAAAAAGACUCCCAACAGACCAAAACGCCACCGAAGGAUUCGAAAAUUGAAGUUAACAACAAUAGCAAGAUGGCAUCUCAAGAAGCGAUAACACCCAGGGAGAGUGAUCCUUUGGCUGAGGGUGAUACGAAGAUCAUUUAUGACAUUUUACCCCCACCAUUAUCCGAGAAUAUCUUCGAGAAGAUAAAAGAGGAAGUAGAUUGGCGGCGAAUGAACCACCAAGGUGGCGAAGUACCGCGGCUGGUCGCUGUUCAGGGACAGGUGGAUGAAGAUGGUACCAUGCCCAUUUACCGCCACCCAACCGACGAAUCACCCCCCUUAUUCCCAUUUACCUCUACCGUGCGUAGCAUUAAGGAAGUCGUAGAGAAACAAUUGGGUCACCCCCUGAAUCAUGUCCUAAUACAACUUUACCGAAGUGGUAACGACUACAUCUCGGAGCAUAGCGACAAGACUCUGGAUAUCGCCAAGGAUAGUUUCAUCGCCAAUGUCAGCCUAGGGGCGGAACGAACGAUGGUUUUCCGAUCGAAAAGAGAGCUUUCAGAACCCGGACGUCCACGUCUGCCACGGAAGACUGAGCGAGCAUCCUUACCCCACAACUCAUUAUGCAAGAUGGGACUAAGGACAAAUAUGCGAUGGCUCCAUAGUAUUCGCCAGGACAAGAGGAUGGAACGUGACAAGACGGAGGCGGAGCUUGCCUACGACGGCGCUCGUAUUUCGUUGACGUUCCGACAGAUAGGGACAUUCUUGGAUCGGGACGGCAGAUUAAUUUGGGGACAAGGGGCGACGGCAAAGUCCAAAGAGACGGCGAAGAACGUGAUCAACGGCCAGACGUCCGAAGCCGUCAAGAUGUUGAAAGCGUUUAGUAAGGAGAACCUAUCGACACAAUUCGACUGGGACGAGUAUUACGGCAGUGGGUUUGACGUGCUACAUAUCUCAGCAGCACCCCGAUUAUUCCUGUCAUCGGAUGCAAUCGUCAAUAUGCGGAUCCAGUUGAUGCUAGCCGAGUACGGGAUCAGCUACUCAAGAGGAAGCAUGUCAGCACUUUCCGACUGGCAAGACCAGGAGCCCACUAGCGACCCCGGAGCCAUCCCCAUUAAAUUUGUCGACGUCGAUUCUUCGAAGACGACCAUAGAGGACGGCGUCGAGAUCAUGCUGUACCUUGACCGUGUCUAUGGCCAAAAAACGAAUGAGUCAUCCGAGGCAGAGAACUCGGCGCAGAGAGAUACCGAGAAGGAGUCCUCUCGAUUCCAAGAAGCCCUAGCCCUUCUAGGAAAGCAUAGGGAAAACCUUGACGCAGAGACGUUCCAGUCCGAGAUGCAAAGCUGGGAGCAGUACGCAGCGGAAGGCAACGAGUUCAUCGCGGGCCCCACCAUGUCGCUAGCUGACUAUGCCUUCUGGCCUAUUGUCAACGACAUCAUGAGACUGCCGGGGCAAUAUGGGUUUGGGCCAGAUAUAACCGGAUUCGAUAACCUGAAGAAGUAUCACGAACGUAUCCGGACGCGGGAUUCGGGCAGAAAAACCAUAAUAGCGUGUACCAGCUGCAUUCGAAAGAAGCCUGCAGAUGACUGUGAAGCUACCCCUUUGGUAUCAACAUCAGCUUCGGCUUCCGGCUCUCCUGCUAAGGAGAGUAAUAAGUGAAGCAUGUGGGGUCGAAGAAACAAGGAUGAGUCAUUUCGUGCAUUAUACCGGGCGGAUGAGUGGCGAGCAUUUGCAUGGGGGUUGAGAGGCGCAUUUCAGCAUAGCAUUGCAUGGCAUCGGAUGAAUGUUUUAGGGGACGAUGUGGCUUGGCUU